AUGGAAUCGAAGGAAGAGCAAUUUCUUGAUCUAAUUGCUGAAAAUACUCAAUUAAAAGAAGAGAUUAAGUCAGUUCAAGAGUUCAAUAAAUUAGUAUCUCUAUUAGAUCAGGCUUAUCUGAUUAUGUGCCGUGAACAAUCACUCAAUGAGCAAGUUGAUCUCACAAAAUUAGAUAAACUCAUCACUUCAGUUACUUCUGGAAUGAGACCAGUUAAUAGUGCCGAAUCUUGGAAAUACAAACUAAAACAAGAAAUUUACAAAAAGUCAAAUCACCAAACAAAGCUAACAUUUGAUAACUUAUCUGAUAGGAAGAAUAAGAGUCAGGCAAAACUUGAUAAUAUUCAGAAAGAUAUUCAAGUAUAUCAAAGCAAAUUAUCCCAAACUACAAAAUCUCUAAAUUCAGCUCAACAAAUGCGAGAUAAGUUAAAAUCACAACUAGAUGAACUUUCAAAAGAUGUAGAAAAAUCAAAAACUAAUCUUAACGAAUUAAAAACACAAGUAGAAAUAGAGCAGGCUUCCAACAUUCAAAUAAAGAGAACAAUGGAACAAACAGAGCAAAAAUUAGUUUCAUUCUCAGAAUCUCUUGGUGGCGCCGCAUCUUCUCAAGUAAUUAAUACAACUAUCGAAAAAUUGAAAUCAUCUAUGAAAACAUCUUCCAUAGAUAUAUAA